ACGCCUCGCUACUUGGUAAAGCGCGCGGCUUCAGAGAAGAGCGGCCCCGGGGCUCGCUACUUCCUCCUGCCGAUAAGAUCUUCGCCUCCGCUAGUCACGGGCGUCUCUCGCCGCGCGCGGCCGCCCCGCUCCUCCGCAGCCUCGAGCGAGCGAGCGAGGGAGCGGCAGCAGGGCCAGGGGGACAUGCGGGGCUCCGCGCCGCUCCGCAGCCGCCCGCGGGGCCAGCGCGGCCCAGCCCGCCGGGCAGCGGGGCGCGGGCGGGCGCCGGCAUGGGCACCUUAGGGAGGCAGGAGUGAAGCCCAAAACCUGCACAAGGAUGCAGCACUGCCCCUAAAUCGGCACUUGAGCUGAAGCAGAUCAGUCAUUGUGCCAACCAUUCAUAUCUUACCCAAUCCACUGAAUUCAGAAUAAUAAUGCCUUUGGGACACUUAGCCAAAGAGGCCAGCCUAGAAGACCUUCUUGAAGCCUGCAUUCAGUCUUUUGAUGCAGAAGGAAAAGUAUGUCAAAACAGCCAGCUGCUACAAGUAAUGCUGACUAUGCACCGAUUUAUCAUCCCUUCCACAGACAUGCUUCAAAAACUAAUUGAUCUCUAUCUGGAUGCUUUAGAAAAGAAAUCUUCUGUGUUUUCUGUAAAGAUAUGCUAUUUUGUAAGGUAUUGGAUUACAGAGUUCUGGGUCAUGUUCAAAAUGGAUUCUAAACUAACUAAAACUGUGGAGGAGUUGCAGGAACUGGCGAGAGCUAAUGGUGAGGUGUUCCACUGUCGUCUACUUGACACAACUCAAAUAAAUUCUCGGGAUUGGUCCCGGAAGCUGACACAGCGGGUAAAGCCCAACACCAGCAAGAAACGGAAAGUCUCUCUUCUUUUUGAUCAUCUAGAGCCAGAAGAAUUGUCAGACCACCUCACCUACCUUGAAUUUAAGUCUUUCCGAAGAAUAUCAUUUUCAGAUUAUCAGAACUACAUUGUGAAUAGCUGUGUGAAGGAGAAUCCAACAAUGGAAAGAUCUAUUGCUCUUUGCAAUGGUAUCUCCCAGUGGGUACAACUAAUGGUUCUUAGUAGGCCAACACCUCAACUUCGGGCUGAAGUGUUCAUCAAGUUCAUUCAUGUUGCACAGAAGCUUCACCAGCUGCAAAAUUUCAACACAUUAAUGGCAGUAAUUGGAGGUCUCUGUCACAGCUCCAUCUCCAGACUCAAGGAAACAAGUUCUUAUGUUCCUCAUGAAGUCAAUAAGGUGUUUAAUGAACUGACCGAACUGCUUUCAUCUUAUAGGAACUAUGACAACUAUCGACGUGCCUAUAACGAGUGCACUAACUUUAAGAUUCCAAUUCUUGGGGUCCACUUGAAAGACCUGAUCUCCCUCUAUGAGGCCAUGCCAAACUACUUAGAGGACAAAAAAAUUAAUAUACAUAAACUGUAUUCUUUAUAUAAUCAUAUAAAUGAGCUGAUACAACUCCAAGAGAUGGCACCUCCCCUAGAAGCUAAUAAGGACCUUGUUCAUCUGCUCACGCUGUCCCUCGAUCUUUACUACACAGAAGAUGAAAUUUAUGAGCUUUCAUAUGCUCGAGAGCCAAGAAGUCACCGAGCUGCACCUUUGACACCUUCCAAACCACCAGUAGUUGCAGACUGGGCCUCAGGUGUUGCUCCAAAACCCGAUCCAAAGACCAUCAGCAAGCAUGUUCAGAGAAUGGUGGAUUCUGUCUUCAAAAAUUAUGACCAUGAUCAGGAUGGAUACAUUUCUCAAGAAGAGUUUGAAAAGAUUGCAGCAAGCUUUCCGUUCUCAUUUUGCAUAAUGGACAAAGACAGGGAAGGUCUGAUUAGCAGGGAAGAAAUAACAGCUUACUUUAUGAGGGCCAGCUCCAUCUAUUCUAAAUUAGGUCUUGGCUUUGCUCACAACUUCCAAGAAACCACUUACUUAAAGCCUACGUUUUGCGACAACUGUGCUGGAUUUCUAUGGGGAGUCAUUAAACAAGGAUAUAGGUGCAAAGACUGUGGAAUGAAUUGUCAUAAGCAAUGCAGAGACCUGGUUGUAUUUGAGUGCAAGAAAAGGUCCAGAAGUAUGUCUUCAGAUAACAGCCCAACUUCUGCGCUUGCUUCUAGCCUCUGCCCCAUAGCGGUCAAAGAACAGUUCCAUGGGCAGGAGGAAGGACCAUUUUCAUUUCCUAAUGGAGAAGUGCAUGAACACAAUGAAGACAGUAAGGAUCGAACAAUUAUGCUUAUGGGUGUCUCACCACAAAAAAUCUCAGUAAGACUGAAACCAGCAGUAGUUCAUAAAGGCACACAGACUGAGGCAGCAUUAACGACAAGUGACAUACCCUUUUGGCUGAUGGAGAAGAAGGAGCAUAGGACACCAUCAGAAAAUAUUUAUCUACAGCCUGCCCCACCAUCACCAACACCAUGGCCAAGCCCAAUUUUAAGCCGCAAAAAAGGUUAUGUGAAAUGGGAUAACAAAGAAUCCAGCCAGAAAAUAAAAGAAGAGUGGCGCAUUUGCAAACCCUCAUACCAGGAACUUGAACAGGAAAGAAACAUUCUAAAAGCAGAAAAUGAAGCUUUAAAGAUUCAGCUUCAACAGGCACGUAAAACAAUUGAAUCUCUCAGCAUCCAACAAAAAAAUCACGUGCUAGACAACACAAAGCACAGAGACUGCUCUUAGCUAAAAAGACAGGAGUUCUGCUGUGGAAUAAUGUUAAAACUGAGACUUUGGGAGGUGUGACAAGGCUGCUAUAUUCAACUGAACAGGAAAUAGAGACUGAAUGGUUUUAAAGAGAGUUAAAUUCUCUUAAAUCAACAUAUUUUGCCUGUUAAAUAUACUCCUGAAUGUAUAAAUGUGUUCCUUUUUCUCACACCAUUUUAAAAGAUUUUGGUGUUUUCUGAGCAUUGCAAAAAGCACAUUCUGGGAUCUCUCUUGAAGGGUAGUAUACACUUUGAAGUUCGCAUUUAUUCUCAAGACAAUGAAGGCAAAUUUCAUUCCCAGUAUAGAUCACAAAAUGAUUUGACUGCAAGUAGCUAUAAUUUUUUUUUUGUCAAGUUUACAGUCCAUAUCUGCAAGUGUUGUGUCAAGGUAUCCAAUCAAGACAACCUCACCCACUCACAGUUGUUGCAAGUUCAGGUGUGUAAAAAAGCAACUUUUGAUAAAGUUUAGAAUUUGGAUGCUGCCAGGUCUUUUCAAGGGUGCCAUUAGGUAUAAGGACGUAAGUGAGGUGUUAGAAGAUAAACUAAAUAGCUAAGCACAGGCUCAGGCUUGUUCCUGCCUGGACAACUCUCACAUCCCCACUGCAAGUCCCCCUCUGCAAGAAAGUAAGUACUGUAAUCCAUAAAUCAGUUUUUGAAAUUCACAAAAGCUAUGGAGGGGGUCCUCAAGUCCAGUGAGGGGUACCUCAAGUCCAAAAAGGUUGAGAACCACUGCUCUAAGACAUUAGGAAUAAACUGACAUUGUUGAAAACGUUCCAUUGCAGAACUGUUUUAAGAAGUCUUACUGCUCCAAUGUGAGUCUCUACAAGACUGAAAAUAAUAGUGCCUCAUAGUAGACUAAAAGAUUUAACAUUUGAGUGUUGCUGCUUCUUAUGCAUUCCAUGCUUCUUGGGUCAGGCAGCACUGCUGGCUUGCUAGUUAACAGAUUUUAUCCACAGGAUGGUGAGUAUAACGUUGGACAUUUUUCCAGCAUUUAAAUCUUUGAUGCAUAAAAGUACAAUAUAUUCCUAUAUUAUUUCAUUAUUUAAACAUAAAAUAUUAAUAAUAGCAUUGAGGAAGGAACAAAAUACUUGCUUCCUAUGAGCAGUUCACUGUCAUGGUAUCCAACUGAACUUUUGCUACAGCUUCAAUAAUUUAUGAUUUCUGGUGCAGUUGGCAGCUAAGGACAACAAUUAGGUCUUUAUUGUUUGCACAGUGCUUUGAAGUAACAUGCAAUUACUUCUGCCUUAGAAAGUUUGUUGGCUUAAACAAACUGCGUAUGUAAUGAAGCAAUUUUGAGAAGCCAGGCUGUAGCAGGAUGUUGCAUGAACAUUUUGGGGAAUUUUAGGUGAUGCUAUUAUGAGUACCUUUUCUUGCUAGAGAUUCUAAGGUCACAGGAUCAUGGUGACCCAUUGCACCCACAGAGAACCUCCCUUCCUUUUUCCUUACCUGCAGCUUUUUGGGAACAAGAUCUGGGGACAUUUAAUUUCUCCAUAUUUCCCUGAGCAGUUCAAGGAAUUCAGGACAAUUCCCCCCUGGUAUUUAAGAAGCUUGUUUAUGCAGUCUUUUCACAAGAAAGACAGGGCAAGUGGGAUAGAGGCAUAAACUUCAUGCUGCUAGAAAGGCUACUGGACUUCUUCCCUUUUUGUCUCUCUUGGAAAUUGCAGAGGCUUGGUGUUUCCUGCAUCCCUUAGGGUUGUCCCUUUGCCCUUAUUCCCUUUUGAAUGGAAUAAUCAUAGAUUCAUAGAUGUAUAGAUUGUAAGGCCAGAAGGGACCUGGGAAGAUCAUCAGGUCCAGCCCCCUGCACCAAGCAGGAAAGAUAACUGAGGGUCAGGUGACCCCAGCAAGGUGACUAUCUAGUCUCCUCUUGAAGAUUUCCAGGGUAGGUGAUUGUACCACCUCUGGAGGGAGCUUAUUCCACAGUCUGGACACCCUGACUGUGAAGAAGUUUUUACUAAUGUUGAGCCUGAAUCGGUCUUUCAGGAGUUUGUGGCUGUUACUCCUGGUUUUCCCCUUGGGUGCCCUGGUGAACAGUUGCUCACCGAGCCCUUGAUAUAUUCACCUAGUGUAGCAGUAAGCUACUAACAGGUCCCUUCUCAGCCUUCUUUUCUUCAGGCUGCAGAGUCCCAGAUCCCUCAGCCUUUCCUCGUAUGGCUUAUCAUGUAAGACUGAUCAUAUGGGUGGCCCUUCUUUGGACUCAAGCUUGUCCACGUCUUUGUUAAAGUGUGGUGCCCAGAACUGGAUGCAGUACUCCAGCUGCAGUUUUUCCAGUGCUGAGUAGAAUGGAAGAAUCGCCUCCUUCGUUUUGCCAGAUAUACAUUGAUUGAUGCACGUCAGAGUAUUAUUUGCCCUACUGGCUACAGCAUCACACUGCCGGCUCAUAUUCAUACUGUGGUCUAUUAUUACCCCCAGGUCCCUUUCAUUCAAGGUGCUAAUCAGUUUGGUGCCACCAAGCCUGUAGGUGUGUUGGGGGGGUUCCUCAUCUGGAGGUGGAGCACUUUACAUUACUCAACAUUCAGCUUCAUCGAUUCCAAUCCGUCCAACUUGCUAGCCUGUCUAGCUCUGCCUGUAUAUGUAGCCUAUCUUCAGGCGUGACCACGCUUCCACAUAACUUGGUGUCAUCCGCCAACUUUGACAGUGAGCUCUUCACCCCUGCAUUCAAAUUGUUAAUAAAGAUGUUGAAAGUACUGGACCAAGCUCCAACCCCUCCUUGCCAGGAUGACACAGAUCCGUUCACUAUGACUCUCUGGGUCCUAUCCUGCAACCAGUUUUUCACCCACCUGUCUCAGUGGGUGUUAGUGACUGUAUGUGUGUGUUAGUCACUUAUUUCAACAUAUAUCUUGGUUCUGUGGAAUUAAUAUCUUCAGUGCCUACCAAAUCAGUGCCUACUAAAACUCAUUCCACUUACACCAUUUUCACACAUUCACUGCAGUUGUGCACUUUUCCAGCAGUGCUACAGCUGCCUGCAGUUAACAUCUCCAUCUAGCUCUCAGGGUCUUGCUACAACUAGCCUUUUGUACAAACUCGUAUUCUUCUUCUCAGAUGCUGGUUGGGACCAUCUGUCUCAGAUUCUUACUGGGAUCACGUUGCCUCUCCAAACCAGGACUGUUGGCUUAUCAUGCCAUUAUGGGUCAAAUUUUCAAAGCAGUCUGUUAACGUGUAUGUCUAGACAUUCUUCUGGGGACUCAUCAAGUUCCAGCAGAAAUCGGUGUCAAAUCCUUUUGAUUUGGAAACAAGAUCAAGUUCUAGCAACAUAAAGUUCUGAAACUGUAUUUCUAAGUACUUUUGCACAAGUGUGAAGAUGCCCAUUUUUGUUCACCUGUUUUUGACUAUAGUUUCUGGGUACCUGUCAGACUGCAACAUCUUAUGGAAGAGGGCUCCCUACUUUGUGCCCUUUUAAACAAGAGGCUUGAGUCACUGAAUGACGUACCUUCUUUUACUAUCUCUUAGAGGUAGUGCAGCAACCACUGUAUCUGUGGGAGGAUCUACUUGAGAUUCCCUAACAUACAAGCAUAACUGUCAUUUAUACGCAGGUGCUUUUAUACUACUCUCAGGGCCUCAAUCUAAAGCAAUUUUGGACUAGGUAAAGGUCUUAAGUUUCAGAUGGCCUAAUUAAACGAAGGUUUUGAUUAAGAUCAGAUGAGACCAGAAAUAGUUAGCAGCCUGACAAUGCAAAAUUCAAUUGGAUAGACUCCUCUUAGGUUGAAGCACAGCAUAAAAAAAUGCAUCAUGCAUUUUUGGGAUUGCAAAGUACAGGCUUCCUCACAAUCCCAAAAUCUCACAGCCAUCCUUUGGCUUCCAGUCCUGUAAUCGGUGCCAUUACAUACGGGUUUUAAAAUUCAUUGUCUUUUAAUCUGAGAUGACAUCAACAUUCCAACAAUAUGAUUAUUGCAAAGUCACUUAAGAAUCUGAGUUGUAAAGCAGGACUUCAUUGCACUGGACACUGACAAACAAUGCACUGAUUUGCUUGGAUGAGGCGAUACCAGGCAAAAGAACUCCUCGCUAGAUUGAUGCCGACUAGCCGCCGAAUUGGAAGCAGUUGCACUCUGCAUGCAGAGGUUAUCAACCUGCACAUAGCACCACACUAACAGCUGUAAGGCUUCCAGUAUAUCUGCACAGAGCUGCCUGCAAAAUGGUUAUAAUCCUUACAGUUUCUUCUGUUCUCCCCUUUUAGUUUAUUAUUUCUUAAUUUCCCUUCUCAGCUGCUAGCAGUUUAAAUGCCAUUUUACCACACCUGAAGUUACAGCUAUAUAAAGUGUCAAGAUGAAAUUCCUACUUUGCAUGUAAGUAGUCCAUAGCUGCAGGUGCUAGGCUGAAUUAAACCCAGUCUGUUCUUAAGGCAACAAAGUGUACAUAUUGUUAAGAGGCAACUAAAAUGGUGUUGCAAAUUGGCACAUUAAACUCCAACCAUCAGAGGCCAGUUUCAGGAUUGUGUUUGUAUUCUGAGAUUGUAAGACUCAUUAGUUUCAUACAGUUUGGUUUCACUGAACAGGGAUGUUAUCAUCAAAUGUAAUUCAACUGAACAUCAGAAACUUGUGUUAAAGAGAUGUGUGCGCUACAUUUGCUUAAAGCUCUUUCAUAAAUUAUUUUACACGAGUACAUAGCUGUGGGAGAUUGAGUCUUAGCUGAUGAAUGCAAUAGCAUGUAUACUUUUUGUGUUCCAGCAUAUAGUAGAAAUGUAUGUUUAUCUCAAAGCAGUUUAACUGUUAAGUGUAUGCACCCUUUAUUUAAGAAAAAGUUUUUAAAAGUUCACUUAAAAUGACUUAUAAAACUGUAAGCUUGAAUCUUUCUUUUUGAACUUGGAUUUUAGGUUGCCAUCUCUAUUGCUGUGUUAACCAAGUAAAGAGAUAAAGCCUAUUAAUAACGCCAGUGAUAUUUUACUAACUGUAAAUAAUGUGUACAGUAUGUAAAUGGUUAUGCAUGUGGGUUUUUUUCCAAAAAUCAGUAACUGUGAAUUGUAUGCAGUUUUGUUACUAAUACACUAAACCCAAACUACCCAUGAUGUGGAUCAUCAUAAAUUGCACCUGUAUUCAACAAGUAAUUAAAAGUGAUGUUGGAUCACACUUGCAAAUUUGCUUUGACUUCUCUCUGAUAGGGUUUUUUUUUCCUUUAGGAAUCUGGCUCCCCUCUUUAAAGAAACCCAUGCAUUGAUUCAGGGCUAAAAUUUGGAUUCCAAUAAACAUUUGUUUUUAUAAAAACUAAUAUGUACAGAAAUACAUUUUAAAUUAAGCUUUUGAGCCCAACUGGUUUUAACUUACGACUCCAAAUUAGAAAGUUAUAAUAACUUCUUAUAACCAUAGUAGAUACAAACCCAUUUUUCCUAUGUAUGCCUCAGUUCUUGCAGUCUAUUUGAAGGACUGGCAGGGACUCAUUUGCAGGAGACCUUCAUAGGGAAGGCUACGACCCUUUCACAUUUGCUGAAAUAAGCCACUGCAGAGUCACUUGAAAUCUGGAGAAGUUCAUAGCACUAAAAGUACUUUCAGGCACUACAUCUGCUCCUUUAGGCCCCUACUAAUUCUUGCAGCAUUAGAGCCACAUUUUCCUAUGUUUGAGGCUCCCCUCUGCUGCGUGAACAAAAUUGUGCUAACAGUGGAAACUGACUGCACAGGGAAAGUAUUGCAACUGACUACAAGAAUGUUGUGGAAAGCACAAAGUGAAUAAACUGAAAUAAACGACUUUCCGUGUUUUUCACUUUCAGCUACUUUACAGUGUGUCUAGACCAGGGGAAACAGGUGGGGUUUUAAAAACAUGUUGCUGACAUUUUAAAUUAAAAUGAGCUACUAACAUGUUUUAAACAGCAGUUAAGUCCUUUAAAAUGUGUUAGGUUGUCAUGGCUAUCAACUAAAAUGUACCCACCAUUUUUCCUAGUCUAAGACAAGGCCUUAGUUGCUGCAUGCCCCAAAAAUAAACUUUCAAAGUGUGAUUUAAAUUUUUUUAGUGGAUGUUGUUCUUUUAAAGACAAUACUGUUUGUGUGUAGAUUAAAAGUCUAAUCUUUUGAAGUUACUUGUUGACUGAUUAAUACUUGUAUAGGAAUAAAGUAGACUAAUGCAUAUAUAAUGGUUUUCCUAACAUGGAACAUUCAGAAGCUGUUGCCUAUAAUUUGUAUGCAUCUUUUGAACACAAAGAAAAUUCUACAAAUUACACCUAGAGAUGUUAAAAGACAACUGACUGAAAAAAAAUGUACAGACUGUAAAGUUUAUAUCAACACGUGCAAGUUUUCUGUUUAAAUAUUUAUAUUAUAAAGUAAUUACAAACUACAGAUUUAAUGCCUCGUGAUUAAAACUCUCUCUGACUUGUCCAAUGCUAACAUGUUUUCAAGCAGUUACAUCCUUAAAAUGUGUUAGGUUGUUCACAAUCAACUCUGAAAUAAAUAUUACCAAAUGGAAAAUUA